AUGUACUCGUCCGGGGCCCGAACACCCGGCCGACGACUCAGCGUCCCGUCUGGUGCCAACCCCUUCCAAUCCCCCCACGGCACACCUGUGAGCCGUGUGAUUUUCGCGCCAAAUGCUGUGAACAACCCGAAUGUGGCGCCUUUCUCGCCUGCCGGCAGCAGUAUCCUCGGCUCACCUCCCACGCCGUCAUCUGCCUGGUCUGGCCGACGGGACUCGACGUCCUCGGCUGCCGACGAGGCCUGGAGGCGGCGCACCUGGCACCCCGAAAGCCGUGGCUUCCAACCCAACGCCAGCAGCCAUCUGAGCAACGUUGUUACGCCGGGUCAGUUCCAGCCGGGCCCACCGCUCCCUGCUGCGAAUGUGUUGAACCCGCAGCAGACAGUUCGUCUGCCUGGUAUUGAAUCCUUCGACCCCUUGCUUCCGCGUCCCGCGACACCUCCCCGCCGGAACCCCUCACCCAUGAUGAUCGACGCAGAGCCGAAGGGCCAACCCACGCAUGUGGGCGCUGAUGAUCGCCGCAACUGGGAUAUAAACCACCACCAGUACACCAUGUCUGCGGCCAUGAUAUCGACACCACGCGAUUCAAAACGACACGGUUGGUAUCAUGGCCCACUUGCCCAACAAGCUCAAGGCGAGCUUGUCAGAGGCCCGCGUGUGGACCGCAUGGAGCAUCCCAACAUGACAGCUUUCUCUGGUUUUCCCGGCAGGGAACCUCCGCGGGAAUCUCCAAGCCAGCCCCAGCCGCACUCUCAGCAACCCGGCGGCGACCGCACAGCCGAGAACUCUUCGCGAUUUGAUGCUCUUGUGGCUGUUGCCGCCAGCGAAGGCUCGACGGCUACUGCCUACUGA